CGUGGUGGGCCUCGAUAGGACCUUUUGUAGUGCAAAGAGCAACUUACCUCUCAGUAGCUCAGUGCUUCAGUUCCCGGCAGGUCAAGAAAAAUGGCGGAUUCCAGACUUUUGAUGGAAAAGCCACUGCCUCUGUUGAAGUUCAGGGAAAGCGGGGAGAUUAUCUGGGAAGAAGCCACAAAGACCUUUUUGCUGGGGCUCGACCAGAUUGUGGAGACCAUAGGAAUCAUGGGCCAGGCCAGGUCAGGCAAAUCUUACUUUGCAAACAAGCUGAUGGGCCUUUCCGAUGAAGACAGCUGCUUUCAAGUCAGACCUUGUGGAGAAGCUACCACAAAGGGUAUCUGGGUGUAUUGCCAGGAACAUCCAAAUAAGGACGGAAGGGUUAGGAUGUUUCUGGAUACAGAAGGUCUCCAGUAUGCUUUAAGCACAACCUCCAACGAAACCGAUUUGAGAAUCAUUUUCAUCAAUAUGUUUGUUUGUGGCAUCGUCGUCCUCAACAUGAAAGACCGAGUCAACCAGGGCACCUUGGAGCUUUUGAAGGUGGCCAUGAAAUGCAUCAAGUUCAUCAAGGACAAGGGCCAAGGAGAGGAGCUGGAGCUGGAGUGCAUGACACCACGAGAUCUUUACGUUCUGUUCCGGGACAAUGUGGACGAGGACCAAGACGUCCAGUGGGAGAUGGAAAUGGCGCUCAGGGUACACCAGUUAGAGGAGGACUUCACCUGCUGCUUCGAUCAAUGCCAGGCACGUGCCAUACCAUUCCCGAGCUGCAAUCGGCGCUUAACCAGGAACCUCUUGCAAGCCAGCGACGCGGAACUGAAUCCGGAAUUUGUUGAUAAAGUGGCAGCCGUUUCUCAAGAGAUUCUCCAGGAUUUCAGAGUGAAGCAAAUUCCUUGCCAAAGGGGACAGCAGGCGGCCACUGUCAAAGAUAUGAUAGGCAUCAUCGAGCAUCUCGUUGCUCUGAUCAACGAGAGUGGAUCUGUUUUCCGUCUGAGCUCCCUGUACCACAGCAUCGCUGAGAGGCAGGUGCGGAGCGCUGCGAAGGAGGCUGAGCUUGCCUACUUGGACCGCAUGGAGAAGCAGCUCCUUGACUUGCCGCUCAGCGAGGUCCACUUGUACAGGCUGCACGCCAACGCUUGCAAAGAGAGCCGAGAGAUCUUCCAAAAGGCAGCCGGGGCCUUCCUGUUCAAAAAUGACCAGCUCGGAAACCUUUCUAUCCUCGAAGAUCAUUACAGGAAAUACCAACAACUUAACCUCGAGAAAUCCGAAAAGCAAUGCAGGGAGAAUAUUCACCGUCUCCUCCAGCCACUGUUCAAACAAGUCAAACGCUAUACUAAGGACAGCAGUCAACUGGAGGCAGAUUUGUACCGGAUUCAACACUGUUACAAUGCAGCUGUGGGUAAUCUGCCAGGAGCCAAUGGAAUAUUGAGGAGCGAAGUUUCCAAGCACAGAGCUACUCUUUUACUCUCCAUUGCACGCAGGAAAGAGGAGGUGACUGAACAGCGUCACAGUGAUUUCGAGAUGGGUUUGAGGGGCUUUGACCUCCUGACCAAGUUCACGGCGAGCGGGCUGGCCCUCGCUAGCGCCUUCAUGGAAGAUGAUAAUGGUCGCACCGCAAGAGACAUCUCCAGCACUCUGCUGUCUGCGCCCCUCGCUAGCAGCUUGCUGAUGGGCUCCAGCUCAGGGCUCAGCCACAGAACCUCCUACUGUGACCAAGACCCCCCAACAUCGUUCCAGUACGCAGCAGAAGAUGUUACCAGCACUGAUAGUGCAAUUAUCUGAGUGAGUGUGAGAUUGUCAGUAUGGAAGGGAUCAUGAGUGUGAGAGAUUGAGAGGGAAAGGGAUCUCUCUCACACCCACCACCUCUCUCACACUCCUUCCCUCUUA